UUUAUUUAAUUGUUGUGAAACAUUUUCAAACAAUUACAUUAAUUCUAAUAUUUGUUGCUAAGUUACAACAAUUAGAGGAAGUAUGUAAUUAUUUAGAAACUCUAGUAUUAAUAUAAACAUUGUAAUUAGGAAAUGAACUGAAUUCUUAGUGUUAGUUAUGUUUUCUAAUUGAUUUAUUAUCCACUUUAUAAUACAUUUUAUAUUAGAGUAUAUAUAAUAUUGAAAUAUAUGCACAAAAAAAAUGAAAAUAUAUAUGUACAUUAAGUAAAACAUAAUAGUAUAACUUAAACAAUUGUUAAUGGUUAACAGAAAAACCGUACCGAAAAAACGGUUAACCGCUUUAAACGGUUACGGUUCGCAAAAAGAGCGUACCGAAACUUCCGGUUACCGAACCGAAAUAUUGUUUCGGGACGGUUAACCACCCAUGAACACCCACAACAAUUGGUCUAGAACUACGUACUUUGGAUUGAGAUUGCUGCUUUUGAUUGCAUAAGAAAGAAGAGAACAAAAUUUAUCAAAAAACACAAAAAAAACGAAGAAGAGAACAAAAUAAAUGACCUCAAUUUUAUGUAGUAAAUUGUAAUUUAAGUACAUUUUCAAAAUGAAAUUCUUGUCACUGGUGUCUCCUCCUAUUGUAGAGAAGUAUCUUCCAAAUGGAGAUUACUAUGUGGGGCAAUGGUACGAGUAUUGUCCCCAUGGUAAUGGGAAGUACAUAUGGAGUGAUGGAUGUAUGUAUGUAGGAGAAUGGUUUCGCGGGCAAGCUAUAGGGAAAGGUAGGUUUAGUUGGCCUUCAGGGGCUAUCUAUGAAGGCGAGUUUAAGAGUGGUUAUAUGGAUGGUAAAGGUAGUUAUACCGGCCUAGAUGGGGAGACAUAUAAAGGUUUUUGGGUAAUGAAUAUGAAGCAUGGUUCUGGUGUAAUGAGUUAUGAAAAUGGUGAUAUCUAUGAUGGAGAAUGGCGACACGGGGUACAAGAAGGACAAGGCAAAUACCAAUGGAACCGUCAUGGGAAUGUUUACUCGGGCGAGUGGAGAAAUGGCCUCAUUUAUGGUAAAGGAGUAAUGCUAUGGGAAAAUGGGAAUUCUUUUCAAGGAAACUGGCUUGAUUCUUUACCUAAAGGUGAAGGAAUUUACAAGUGGAACAAUGGAAGUUACUAUCAAGGAUACUGGAGUAGACAUCCCAGGGAGAUGAGUGUAACAUAUUAUCAACAACCACAACCACAACCACAACCACCUGAUCAAAUAUUAGAUGAUGAAUUAUCAGAUGAUGAUGAUCCAUCAUCUUGUUCAUGGGAUCCUCAAGACUUGUAUAAUGAAAUAAUUUUGAGUGGGUGUAAGGUAUGUCCAACUGAAAACAUUACUGUUUUUCCAUCGCAGAAGAAGCUCGCGCCAUGGAAGUCACAGAAAGGAAUUAGGCCAGGUCGCAUGUCCGUAGACUCCAGGAUUAUUCCAGCUCCUGCCCAUAUGUGGGAAGCAGAUCAUCUAAGUUUUUCAAGUGAAGGUAGUAGUAGUAGUAGUAGUCAUCAAAGGAAUUCAGUUGGUGGAAGAGAUACUACUUAUGUUGAUUUAGAGGGUCUCAAUCUUGACAAUUACACUACUAGUAGUAGUACUACUUCUAGGAUUAUGGCACCAGGGACUCCAGGAAGACCACUUAGAAUACCUAAAGUUGGCAAAAAACAGGGGGAGAUUAUUACUAAAGGUCAUAAAAACUAUGACCUUAUGCUCAAUUUGCAGUUAGGAAUCAGGCAUGCUGUUGGAAGACCUGCUCCACAGACAUCUUUUGAUUUGAAGUCAUCUGCUUUUGAUCCCAAAGAAAAAGUUUGGACAAAAUUUCCAUCAGAAGGUUCAAAGUAUACACCUCCACAUAAUUCCUGUGAAUUCAAAUGGAAAGACUACUGCCCUUUAGUUUUCAGAGCUUUGAGGAAACUUUUCAAGGUAGAUGCAGCUGAUUACAUGUUAUCAAUCUGUGGGAAUGAAGCACUUCGAGAGUUGUCUUCUCCUGGAAAAAGUGGGAGCUUUUUUUACUUGAGUAGUGAUGAUCGUUACAUGAUUAAGACAAUGAAGAAGUCAGAAGUCAAAGUACUUCUAAGGAUGUUAUCAGCAUACUAUAAUCACGUUCGAUCAUUCGAGAACACGCUUGUGACCAAGUUUUUUGGGCUUCAUUGUGUGAAAUUAACGGGUACAAUCCAAAAGAAAGUACGGUUCAUAAUAAUGGGGAACUUAUUCUGCACGGAGCACACCAUUCAUAGACGUUUUGACUUGAAAGGAUCUUCACUUGGUCGGUCAACUGAUAAACCUGAGGAAGAAUUAGAUGCAAGUACAAUUCUCAAAGACCUUGAUCUCAACUUUAUAUUUCGAUUGCAAAAGGCAUGGUUCCAAGAUUUCUGCAGACAAGUCGAUAGAGAUUGUGAGUUUCUGGAACAGGAGAGAAUAAUGGACUACAGUUUGCUAGUUGGCCUUCAUUUUAGGGAAGCGUCAAAAGCAGGGGACCUCAUUCCUUCUGGAGCUCGGACACCUAUUGGAGGUCCUCGUCUUUCUAGGGUAGAUAUGGAUCAGCUACUAAUUGACCCAGCUUGGUGGGCUAGUGUUAGAUUAGGGAUAAAUAUGCCAGCUCGGGUUGAAAGGGCUGCAAGAAGAAUUGAAGGUGAGACACAGAUAUUGGAGCCAACAGGAGAAUUCUACGAUGUAGUAAUGUUCUUUGGAAUCAUAGACAUACUACAAGACUACGACAUUAGUAAAAAACUUGAACAUGCUUACAAAGCCAUGCAAUAUGAUGCUACCUCAAUAUCAGCUGUAGAUCCAAAACUCUACUCCAAACGCUUUCGUGAUUUUAUUUACAAAAUUUUCGACGAAGAUUCUUAUUAUAAUUAAACUCAUGUAAACUAUAACACAAACUCUUCUUGGGACCUUGCAAAUUACGUGAUUAUAUUGUUGUUGCCUCUUUUGUUUUGUAUGAGAAGAAAGUAGGAGGGUUUCUAAGGAGAUCUUUUUUUUGCCAAAAAACUGUAAUUUUUGUACGAUUUGCGAACAGAUUUUGUAAUGAAAAGGCAUACUUUUUUUUGUUGUUGCAUUCAUCAAUGUCUUUGAUCAGUUAAUAACAUACUAAUGGUGUUUUCGAGGAAUCAAAAUCAUCUGUCAAAAAGUUUGUGUAUCCAAAACGACAAGACAAUGCAAAGUAAUUUUUGAGUAGAUCAUAUGAGUUAUAGCCUUGCUCAACUAAGCUUAUUAGGAUCUGAGUUGAGUUCGAUUUGAAGUCUUGAUCCAACUCGAG